AUGAGCGACACAAACUACAACCUCAUCGUUCUUUACGUCAUUCUGGGCGCGUGUGCCGCCGUCAUGUGCUCGUACGCGGUGGCACGCUUGACGGGCAACUUCGAAGAGGCUGAGUUUCAAAACUUCUCGAACGAACAGGUGGAAUACAUGAGGCAGGUCCGUCAGAGGAACCUCGACUACCUCGGCUGGAUGAUGAGGAGCAAGAGACCUUCGAGUGAAGGCAGGCUACCGGUGGGACAUCAGUGCCGCUGCCUCACCAUCAUCACAAGCGUUCGGCGCCUGAGGCUGGAUGUGGUGUCAGAAAAAAGACGUGGCGACGUUGACGAGACGGGGGACCAACGAGAUGGCGAAAGACAAGGGUGA